AUGUCAGGCGGUGCUUUCGACUCAACAGAAGUAGACAUUCCGUUUACAUUACAAAAUGAACUAAGUUCAUCAAUGGUAAACAAUGACACACCUUUGACAUUAUCACUUUCCAAGAAGAGUAGCAAUCGUACAAAGACAUCACAGCACCCAUCACAUUAUUUGCAUAUUAGAAACCCCAGCAUAGACUCACUUAAGUCGAACACCACCAUAGAUAGAAAUAUAUUAAAAAUAGAUAGUAAGUCAUCAGAUAGACUCUCUGAGUUAUCGUCUUCCUCAAUGGAAUCAUUGAAUAUGUUGUUAGAGAAGCAACGAUUAAGACAAUUAAAUCACCCAUUGCAUCAAGAUCAUAUAAUUCCUUCUAAUAACCCAAACGUUGAAAUAAGGCCAGUAAAGGAAACGAACAGAAUUUCAUUGACUUAUGAUCCAGUCUCUAAGAGGAAAGUACUUAACACGUAUGAAAUAAUAAAAGAACUAGGUCAUGGCCAGCAUGGGAAGGUGAAACUGGCGAAGGACCUAGUAACUGGACGAUUGGUGGCAAUUAAGAUUGUUGACAGACAUGAAAAGAGAUCGAGAAUGGUACCUAAAUUGUUUAAAAAAAUAAUAGAGAAUGAUAAAAUUAAGAAAGAAAUUGCUAUUAUGAAAAAGUUACAUCAUAAACACGUUGUUAAAUUGAUUGAAGUUUUAGACGAUUUGAAAUCAAGAAAGAUUUACUUAGUUAUAGAGUAUUGUUCGAAAGGUGAAAUUAAAUGGUGUCAAGAUGAUUGCAUGGAAAUGGAAGCAGUAGGACCACCUGUGCAAGACUUUCAAUCCAUCCGGUCAAUCACUAGAGGAGUUAUCUUAGGUCUGGAAUAUUUACACUACCAAGGAAUUAUACAUAGAGAUAUCAAACCAGCAAAUCUUUUAUUAUCAGCUGAUAAUGUGGUUAAAAUAUCUGAUUUUGGUGUGUCUCUAGCAUCUACGAGUAUAAUGAUUGACAAUACAGUAGAAAAUUUGAAUGAUCCUGACGCAAGAAAGAAGAUAUUGAGUAGGAAAAAGUCAAGUGAAGCAUUAGAUGAGCUAGAACUCGCUAAGACUGCUGGUACACCCGCAUUUUUUGCACCCGAAAUAUGUUUAGGUGAUGAAAUGUUUACAAAAUAUAACGUUGAUAGGAAUGAAUUAUUCAAGGGAUCGUGUAUUUCACUAAUGAUCGAUAUAUGGGCUCUUGGUGUGACAUUAUAUUGUCUCUUAUUUGGUAAGUUACCAUUUAUAUCUGAUUUUGAAUUAGAGUUAUUCGAGAAAAUCUCAAACGAGGUUGUCGAAUGCCCAUCGUUCAAAGAACUUUCAACAAAUGGAAUUUCGAUGAUAUCAUGUGAAGAAGAAUACAAUGCUGCAAUUGAUCUGGUCAAUAAAUUAUUAGAGAAGAACCCUGCUAAGAGAAUCACAAUUGCUGGUAUUAAAAAACAUCCUUUUGUAUGUUGGGAUUUUGAACAUACAGCUGGGUUUGACCAAACACUUGUAAAUAUGAAGAGUGAUGAAAAGGACAUCUUCCAACAAGAUCAAAAAGAUACAUAUGAACAGAUUUCCAUCACCAAAUCUGAAUUGCGUAAUGCAGUGUCAGGCGUCGGUAAGAAAAUUAAGGAAUCAGUCUUAAAAUCUUUACCGUUAAGGUAUUAUUCCGGCAAGACUACUAAACAAAAGGUAGAUGAUAGAUCAAAACCUUCGGAAAAUAAUUACUCAGGAUUUGACUUUUCCAAUAGUAGGGAUUCAUCAUCAUCCUCGUUGAAGUCCACAACAAAUUCAGAUCAUUCUCUACAAAAUGCUUUUUCCGAUUCUGAGAUUGCUUCCAACAUUACCAAAGGUCCAAUAUCUGAUAUGAAAACAUUAGAGAAGAUUGGUAGUGAUGCAAGUAUAUUAUUAAGUGAAGGUUCAAUAAUGACAGACGCAUAUGGCCAUAAUGUUCAAACAUCUAAAUCAGAGUCAGAGAUUAGUAUGGAUGACAAAUUGGAAGAAUCACGAAGUUACAGUCAAAGUGCUAUACCUUCUUAUGAAAAUGAAUUGCGGGCUUUCGAAGAGAGACGGGAAAGAAGCAACAAUAUGGUAGAUUUGCCAAUAAAUUCAUCUUUUGCUUCAUUGGACUCUUUUUAUAUUGACAAUUAUGCCAUGAGUAAAGUUGGUCUUCCUGACGAAAAUAAACAAAGCCCCUCGGCCUUCCAAAAUUCUGGGAGUUUUUUAAAUAAUACGCCAAGUAUUAAUGCGAACGGUUUGAAUUAUAUGUCAUUGAGUUCAGCAUCUUCCACCCUGAGAAAACCUUCUUCUGCUGCUGCUCUUAACUUAUAUGGUAGAGGUACUCCAUCAACUAGAACAUCUACACCUAGGAUAGUUAGACCCCAACGAUUCCCUGCAAGACCUAUCAACCCCCAUCCAACGAAUUCCGUUAAGAAAAAUGACGAUGCCCCCAUAUCUGAGCGUAGGGCUAGACGAGGAAACUUUAUCGAUAUAUUGAAUGAGAGUGACAGUAACAGUGAAUCAGACAGCGAUGUCCGUUCGACGUCAUCAUACUCAUCAUCUAGCUCAGCAGGCUCUGCAUCUUCGUUUGGAUCUUCGAGCUCAUCAGGUUCGGGUGUAUCAUAUGCAUCAGAAGAAUCAUUACCUUUUGAGUUUGCAUAA